AUGAACCAGGGCCGUGGAUUGAUUAGGGAUGACAGCAAUCGGGAAGAAUCGGGAUGCAAGGGACCACUCAGGAUGACCGGGACCGCGAACCGUUUCGACUGGGUCGCUGGUCACAGACUCUCUGCGGUGGGAACUGAGAAAAAAAAGGCGAAGCUUGGGGGGGAAGGAAAGGUGGAAAUUGAACGGGUCAGAUUGGGUCAGAUUGGGACGGCUCCAAUUCGUGAUGUCGAUUUCGGUGUUUGGGGGGGUGGGAAAGAGAAAGAGAAGGUGAGGAGAAAUAUGAGGUAUUUCUCGUUCCAGGACGACGGCUACGUUGUAGUACCGAGUACAACGAAUACAACAACACACGACACACGACCUGUUCGAUUUGAGGUGUUUAUUGUGUUUAUUCCAUGUGUUUCGGGUAUUAUUGUUGUACUCUUGUUGCUCUCGUUGGUAUUUUUGUUUCUAUUCCUAAUUGAUUGGUUUUCUUUUACACACAAUCACUCAACUCACUUACUUACUACACAUCUUCUUUCUUUUUCCAAAGUCCGAGUGGGGGGAGAAAAGAGGGACCUUCUUCUUUUUUUUUUCAUUUUCAUUUUCUUUUUCCUUUCCCGUUGGGAUUUGAUAGCAGCUGACAUACCUACUACGGAAAUUCCCCCUUGA